AUGGCUGAGGUCGACCAUGAGGUUGUGAUCGCCGCCGAUCACGAGGAGUCUGAAGAUAGCCAAUCGGAGGGUGGUCAAACUGUUUCAUCAACUAGCAGUCUUAGCAGCUCCAUUCAUCAGCACCGGCUCGAGAACGGAAGAACCUACCACCGAUACAAGGACGGCAACUUUCAACACGACAUCUUCCUCUACACCAUCGAUGACAAGCUCGGCCUAGCACCACCGUGUGCCGAGGACGCCAAGGUCGGCCGGGUUCUCGACGUCGGAACUGGCACCGGCAGCUGGGCCAUGGACUUUGGUGACUUGCAUCCCGAGGCCGAGGUCAUAGGUGUCGACCUCUCCCCUGCCCGGGCAGAAUUUGUCCCCCCAAACGUACGAUUCGAGGUUGACGACCUCGAGGAAGAGUGGACGUAUUCACUGCCCUUUGAAUACAUCCAUAGCCGCUUCAUGACAGCAAGCAUCAACAACUGGAAGGAGUAUAUUCAGAAAUGUUAUAAGUCAGUCAUCUUCCCUUGCAUCCGCCUUACUCUGCUUACCAGUCUGACAUGCGACAGCAACCUGACUCCCGGUGGAUACCUCGAGCUUCAAGAUGCCGAUGUCAUGCCGCGUUCUGAUGACAACCUCCUUCCAAAAGAUGCCGCCAUUAUCAAAUACGUUGAUAUGCUCAAGGAGGCAUCCGAAAAGUCGGGCCGCGAGUAUGUUGAGGUCUCAUCGCUGAAGAACCUAAUGAUCGAGGCCGGCUUCGUCGAUGUCGAGAUGCAGAUGUACAAGUGGCCGCACAAUGAAUGGCCCAAGGAGCCGAGGUACAAGAAGCUCGGGUACUGGACCCAGGAGAACUUCGGCGCCGCCCUCGAAGCUAUCUGCAUGGCGCCGUUCACUCGCGUUCUCAAUUGGACCCGUGACGAGGUCAACGUUUUCCUUAUCGACGUUCGAAAAGACCUGAAGAACAAGAGCUACCACGCGUACUGCCCUGUCUAUUGCAUCUUCGGCCGCAAGCCCGAGAAGGAGGACACCCCGGCACCUCCGCAGCCGGAGUCCCAGUGA